AACAUGACCAGGAUGACGCGUGUUGCCCGUCGUCGUUCCUUGUGCAGGAAGUGGUAACAUGGGGCGAUGAGAUACACAUGAAAGUCAUUCUACCGGCAAAACCAGAGGCGAGACAAAAUUGACAAAAGCUCCGUAUUUAUCCUCCUGUUGUUAGUUUGUUACAGUAGAAAGUUAUAGUUCUAUGUUAGGUUUGAUACUGAAUCUGUAUUGCUAUCAUACAACAGCCACUAGUCAGUAAAGCUGAAGGGCUGGCUAUUAGUAACCGUAACGUUAUAGUAACUUGUAGUUACAUCAGAAUAGGGCUUGGCAAUCUUACCCCGACAUUGUCAUCAUGAUACGAACAGGAGUGCAGCAGAUGGCCAGGGGACUGUGCCAAAUAAUGGGACGUGAAAUCUCAAAGGGAAAUUUCAACACCAACAUCAGACAACAAAUGACUCCAAGAGGGACUUUCCAGCUUCCCUGGUCCUCUAUCAACAGUGUCCGAACCAUGGCGGUGCUGCCCUGGCCUUUCUCUUUCCAGCCACGGGACUUCAGCCUGCCCAACUUGUCCUGGGGCUCCGACAUGAGGCGUCUGUAUGAGCACUAUAACAGCCAGUGUGAGGUAGAGACAGAUGACGGAGAGAAGAAGUGGGGGGUCUGGAGAAGACUGCCCAGCUAUAACCGCUCCCUCAAGUACGCCACAGGUACAGGAAGGGUUUCUUUCACAUGGAUGGAGUGUGUGUGUACGAAAAGGCAUGCACUCACUACUUACUGUGGGGUGUAUUUGAGUAAGAUCAUUCAGUCGAAGGCUCGUCUGUUCACGCGGAACAUCAGGGAGCAGGGAGCAGCGUUCGAGUACGUUGUGUUUGUCAACAAGCAGGAGCAGAAGUGUGUGUGUGUGUUCCAGGCUGGCCACCUACUGGAGGGACCCCCGGGGCACGUCCAUGGGGGGGCAAUAGCUACCAUGAUUGACACUGUAACAGGGACCCACGCCACCUACCUCUCUGGGCCUGUCAUGACUGCCAACCUCAACAUCAACUACCGCAGCCCCAUCCCAUUGGGUAGUACAGUGCUGCUCACCUGCUCAUUGGAUAAGAAGGAGGGACGGAAAACAUUUGUUUCCUGUCAAGUGACCAAUACGGACAGCUCCAAACUACACACAGAGGCCACAGGGCUGUUUCUGUCAAUCACAAUGGGAGACCUAUUAGGAGGAUGAUGGAUAGGCCAACUCAUCGACCAACCAGACGCUACAAACACACAACAUCAGAAACAGCACUGACUUCCUAGGGGCUGUGUUUGUCUACACUCAAAUGUUUGUGUGUUUGUGUGUGUGUGUGUGUGUGUGUGUGUGUGUGUGUGUGUGUGGUUCUGACUGUCAGAUCCAGUAAUCUUCUUAACUCUAGCAGUUUGCCUGAGACACCUGAUGCCUUGCGCUCCACUGACAUAGCAUACAGAUACUGUAUAUCAUAGACACAACCGGUUGUGGAUAUUUUACCUCUCUUUCUCCACUGUUACACACUCCUGGACAACCAGCUCCAGUCAGAGUGAAGGACAUAACCUCUGGUAUAUUAUAUUUAGGUCGAGGCUGUGGAUACAACUUUUCUGAACCCUUCUUCCCGACAGCUAAAGGUCCCGACACUUCUGCAUGUGCAGGAUUCUCUACUUUACGCACCUCCCUUCACAUUUCUCAGUCAAUUGUGAAGGAUAAUCUUCAUGUUUUACCGGUGAAACAUCCAUGCAGCAUCUGCAUACCUGUGUUGGGUUCAAUCAUAGCACAUAUUUUGCCUAGUGGCACGUGCUGUUGAGUUUUGGCCACAUGAGAGAAAAAUGUGCCCAUUUGCACAAUCAUCCUAAAAUCUCAUAAGAAAUGAGGUGGUGUUUUGUCUUACAGUAAUUUUAUACUACACUAUUAUAUUGGGUUCAGUUAUGUAGAAUACCAUCAUUGUGUGAUCUGGCAGACAUUGAUUCAGCUUUGAUCUAACUUUAUUAAACGGGCACCAUUCACCAGAGUAGCUUGUUCUCUACGAGUAGAACAGAGACUGUGUGUAAAGAAGCUUCGGGACCUUUAGCCGUUGGAAUGAGGGGUCUAGAAAAGUUGGAUCCACACCCACUCCGAUAUAUUUAAUAGAUAGUUUAUUUUUUGUAUUUUAUUUGUAUAAUUAUUAAUAAUUUAUUGGGCCUUUUACAGUUUGAGAUUUUAAUCAUUGCUGAUAUGUUAUUUUGUGACCAGUAUGACCUCUUGAAUAAAGCCUUACCUCUUGGGUACUGUAGACUGUU